AUGAAUAUGCUUUUGAUUUGCCUACACUUAGGCUCAACCACAAAGACCACGAAGAAGCUCAAGGCUACCGCUUCUGGUGUGAAGGUAGACUUCACAAAGGGCAAGAUCCUCAAGGUCGAAGGCCCAAAACGAAAAAUGGAUCACUUGCUUGAAUUUAUGCAGCAACUGGUGGUCACGACAACUGUUGUCGGCAGACAUUUGGCCCAUAAAACCAAAUCAAUGAAGCAAGUCAUAGGCAACAGUGCGCAAGUAGCGGAGCAAGAAAGGAUCCUUUUCUCUGUUACCAAAACACAAGGCGAGUGGGGUGUGGAAGAGCGAAGAGGUAGCCGACAUCGCGCUUUAUUUUGA